AAUGGCGGCGGAGGGAGAGUACGAGUCCAUCCUGUGCGUUAAACCCGAUGUGCACGUUUACCGGAUCCCGCCGCGCGCUUCAAACCGCGCCUACAGGGCUGCUGACUGGAAGCUCGAUGCUCCGGACUGGUCCGGUCGAAUGAGGAUCACAGCCAAGGGCAAAGUGGCUUACAUCAAACUGGAGGACAAAAUCUCAGGUGAGCUGUUUGCUCAGGCACCAGUCGAGGAGUAUCCCGGCGUCACAGUGGAAACAGUCAGUGACUCCAGCAGAUACUUUGUUCUGCGGAUACAGGACGACAACGGUCGCAGCGCUUUCAUCGGAGUCGGCUUCGGGGACCGAGGAGACGCCUUUGACUUUAACGUGUCUUUGCAGGAUCAUUUCAAAUGGGUCAAACAGGAGAUUGAACUCCGUAAGAGUUCCCAGCUCGGGGAUUCAGGACCUAAACUGGACUUGGGCUUUAAGGAGGGACAGACCAUCACACUCAACAUAGGGCAAGGUAGAAAAAGGGAUAAGCCCCGCCCACUGAGCUCAGGUGGGUUUGGACUCCUCCCACCACCACCUGGAGGCAAGAUAGCCCCUCCUCCUUCGUCAGGCCCAUCCAAUCACAACAUCGUCCCUCAGACAGGAGACACAGCAACAGGCUGCCUGCUGGAGCUGGACAGCAGCAACUGCAACACAGUGGUUCAGUCAAACCCGGGUUCAGAUGUGUGGGGAGACUUCGAUGCUCCUGCAAGAUCAGUUCCAACUCCAUCUCAGCCACAGAACUCUCCAGACUGGAUCCAGUUCUGAAUCCUCUGCGGUGGUCUCCUCGCUUGUGAUUUGCAUCCCACCCGCAUCUGUGUCUGUAGCUUCCCGUGCAUCACACCGAGUGUAACUCCUAACCCACCCCCCUGGCAGAGGCAGUGAAACGCCUCAGAUCUGUCAAAGAAAAACCAUUCAUGACAUCACUUCACUCGGAAACAUUCAAGGUUCUUUCAGAAGGGAAAGUUAAACAUCACUGUGUCAAAGCCAUUUCAAGAUAUGAGCCAUUUCAGCAAUAUCCAAGGGCUACGUGUGACGAGCAGCAGGUGUUCCUGUGCUGUGUCGCCAUCUCCUCGCCAGUAGAUGGCGCUCUGAGCAGCGUUUAAGAUUAGAUCUGGAAUGUUUUUUGUCACAGCAGCAGCUCCCCCUGCAGGCCAUGCAGAGUACUAUCUCAAGACUUGAACUGUGACCUAUGAAUAAGUGCAAACAUUGAAAGUGGGCCGAGUUCUUUAAUGUUCAAGCAUUUGCACUUUGUACAAUCAUGUAGAAAUUUAUAUCCGCCUUCUAUUUUGUACUGAAGUCGAGGUUUUACUGAUUUAAUGAAUCGUUUCAGUAAAUCCUCAAAAUCUGAGACGCUUUGCAAGUUUUCCACAAAGAAAAGCAACUUUCAGACUCGUUCUCACUGUGAAUUGGAGUCAUUCAGCCUCAGACUGGAGGAAACACAUCUGCACUUAUUACUGCUGCUGGUUGACAGUGUUAUUUGAUUACAUUAUGACAAUGUAAUUUAAUUUAAUCGGUAAACAUGAUUUUCUUUAUUGGCUAUAAAAAUGUAUCAACAUGUUUAUCAGAAUCAGGAAUUAUCAGUCGUGCAGUAUUGUGAUGAGUAGACUGAGACUUGUUUUCAGAAAGCACAGGGAAACUUCCUCCCUGUCAUUAAAUCUAUUCAUGGCUGUUUACAGUUAUAUCAUAUUUGUGCUCACUAGGUGCUUUUAAUCAACGAGAGAACUGAGCUCGUUAAAGGCAAAUUCUGUUGCAACACGGAAAUUUGCCAAAUACAAUGUUCUCUCUUUCUGCUGUGAAAUUUAACAAUGUAAAUUUCUUCCCAGUCAAUUUGAAACCUGAGAAAACAGCAUCACAGGUUAAUUUACCUUUUAUUCUAAACUCUGCAGAAAUGAAUACAUGAGCUGAUUCAGAGCAGGAAUGAAGGACUCAGUGAAAACCAGCUCCUUUCCCUCAGGCUCAUCUUGAGCUCACCAGAGGGGAGCUGUACUGUGGGGGUGCUCGUUAGUUAAAUCAUAGCUUCACUUUCUGCAUUGAAUAUUAAUAUAACAUUCCUCCACAUACAACCAGUUUUAUGUUGGAGGAAAAUGAGGAGAAUCAAGAGUGUGAUCACUACAGGAAGUGCACGUGCAUGUGCAUUCACUUUACCUGCUUGCUCAUGUUUGUGAGGCGACCCUGAGGUAAACAUGUCUGAGCAUCAAAUAUAAAGCUGGAGCCAGCCGGUGGCUAGCGUAGCUUAGCAUUACGCCUCUAUCUGGGCAAACUGGGCUCUGUCUAAAAUGAUAAAACCCAUCUACUGGCUUUUCUGAAGCUCUAAACGCUCCAAUAUUUUAUUCAUAUUUCCCUAAAAGUCUCAGGACUGAAGGCGGAAGAAGGAAACGUGGUGAUUGUUAUCUGAGGAAUGUUUUAACGGCAGCGGACGAUAUGUUAGUGUGAUUGUGUUUACAGAACUUUGUGAAGUGUCAAACAUCUCUUGACUGUGAAUUCAUUUUGUUUGCACAGAUUUUUAAGGUUUGCUGUGAUCAAAUCACGAGAAGUUUAUUAAACUGGCAGAAAGAUUUAGGGCUGCUGUGUGUGUUGUGUUUGCAUUUCUCAUAUUGGCCAAAAUAUUAAAAAGCAUUGUCUCCCAUUUCUCACUCAUUCCACUCUGGCUGUAAAACCACUGGACUAACACUUUUGAUUCAUGACCAAUUUAAUGAGAA